ACCGAGUCGUCUGCUGUGUGUGUUUGCGUUUAAUACUUCAUUUGUGAAUCGGUUAAAGCUUGAGAGGAGAGAAUCGUGUGUUUUAUCAGAGCUUAAUGAGGAAGUGGGAAUCUUAUCGUGAUAUAUCUUCAUGUGUUUUGUUGGUUGUGUAUAAGCGAGCUACACACGGUGGUAAUUGAAAGCCCUGUUAUUCCCGAAGCGAUGCUUGUUAUGAAAAGCCCGGCUGAGAGCACGUGUAGUGUCAUGUCAGGCGAUGUGAUAUAUUACUACUGAUACUCUAAAAUGUGCACUCGUCAAUUCGCAGUGUAACUACUAAAUCAAUGGAAAUGUGUUGGAACCAUUAUGAAAAAGAAAGCACAUCUCCUCGAAUGAAUCAGAUACUAUUCUGAAGCUAUCAAUUCAAACACGUGGGCGGCACCAGCGACUUAAGUUGUUGACUUGAAAACACAAAAUGGCGUCCCCGACUUUAACGCCGUUAGACAACCCCUUCUUAGCCUCGACCCCGCCUUCGGAGGUCAAUCCGACGUCGCUUCCACCGCCACCGGGCUCGUCAUCGUGCCUGCCAUGGGAGACGGCCCAGAGCAUCGUUUUCCAACUGGCCUCAAUCAUUCUCAUCAUCGCCUUCGCCGCACCUUCCACCAACGGCACCGCCAAGUUAGUCACGCACACUCUCCUCGUGGUGGGCUUCGUGAUCAUGGCAGCGUGGGCGUGGCAGUACAUCUGCGCUCACGACAUUUUUGGCUGGUGCCUUGUUUUCGCUGUUCUCAAUCUAUGCCACACCAUCUAUCUGUCGUGGACUAUGCGCCCGGUGAAUCUCACCCCGGAGCAGCGAGAACUAUAUAACAAAGUGUUCAAAUCAUUUAAAGUGCCAAGACAUGUCUUCAAGAAACUGUGCUACUAUGGAAAAAUCACCUCACUUAAAAUCGGAGAACAUUAUUCCGAGGAAGGCAAAUCGCAGUGCGUUCGCCUAUCAAUGCUUUUAAUGGGAAAAGUUAAAGUCUUCUGUGAAGGCGAGUUUUUACAUCACAUUGUGGAAAGGCAAUUCUUAGAUUCACCCGAAUGGGAUUCCUGUGAAAAGAGCGAAAAAGCAGAGUUUUUUCAGGUGACUCUAACGGCUUCUACCUACUGUCGAUACAUCACAUGGCAUCGUGAUCAGCUGCACGACUUCCUAGAGAACGAACCCUACCUGAAGCAGGUCUUUACCAACCUCAUCGGAAGCGAUAUCAGCAAGAAGCUCUUCAUGUUGACUGAGCGGAACCUCAACCAAAAGGGUGGGCGAGCGGACAUUAGACUACCAAGUGCAGGUCGACGUCCAGCUAACAAUUACGAUAUGUCGGGCCACCUGGCCGCGGGUACACGAGGGGCUUGUGGUACUGGGAUACCGGUCAUUCACCGGACCAGUGCUGGCGAUGACCGGCCCAUUGGACGAUCAGGGAGAGAAAUCGUACCUGUGUAACGGUGAUGACGUCGUGAUCGACCUCGAACCGGGUUCAAUGACGACGAUGAUGUAGAGAGGCAGAUGCGACGUCAGACCCCACUUCUUCCACGAGCCCGUUGAACACGGAAGAUUUCUCAAGAAUGUGUCGUCCAUUGUAAGGAUGAUAAGCUUAAAGAGGCGAUGAUUUGAACUUUGACCUCGAAGGAAACGGUUCACCGUUAUGAAUGUUAUAAAGGUCACUGAACUGUCACGGCAACGUGGGUGAAUCAAUGAUAAGUUGCCACAAAAAAAUCAAAUAACAAGCCUACCUGGGUAAUGACACAUUUUCAAUUGUGAGGCCGUUUGACAACAGAUACGGCACAUUUUCACGUCAUAAAGAUUUGUCAAUUGAAAUGAUGAUUUGAAGUGUUUAUGUGUUUUAUUUUUAAACAUCCCAUAUGGCAUUUAUGAGUUGUAAGGUACUGUAAGCGCUCGGGUUGGUUUUACUUGGUAUGAUGUUUUAGAAGAAGGCGUUAUCAGCAUCACUUUUCCCUUGCUAAUUACUAUAUAUAUCUAUAUAUCCAUAUAAAUAAUAAAUAUUAAAUACAUUUUCAAUAAAACAAAGGUUAUAUUAAGUAAAAUAUUAUAAUCUGUAAAGAGUCUGGAAACUUUCAUGCAUUAACUAUUUCAACUCGGGCGGUAACUCUGUGCCAAAGAAAUUGAUAUUGUGUCCUUUUGGCACUGUCGGUAGAUAGUUAAGCCUCAUGUAAAGAUAUUACUAAAUGAUAAGUAUUCAGUAUUGGAAUAUAAUGUAGUAAAAUAAGAUUUCAUCGCCAACCGCCUUUAAACUUGUGUAGACUGUGAACUACCCUUUUUAUUAUAAUUUUUACGAUUUGCUUUUCUGUGUUCUUCUUUGAUUCAGCUGACUAUAGUAAUGGUCAUAAGUGGGAAAACAACCGCAAACGACAACAUUUGGUGAAGAUUCCCAGAUCUCCCUUAUUUUACGUUCUGACGUACUAUAAAUUGUUCAGUUAUUUUAAGUUAAAGAUGACGAAUAUACAUUUGCUGUGAACAGAAUCGAUAAGUUUUUAAAGUGGCAUCCCAUUUCUUAUAUUCAUUAUAACAUUAUAUUGAUAUCAGUCCAUUUCUACCUUUAAGUGUCCUAUAUUAUUUUCGAUUUUGCCAGUGUACAUGUCACUUAUUUUAAUUUUCUUUUUAUAAUAGAGCUUUGUUAGAGUGCAGUAAUAUUAAACAUAGUACAAUAGAGCAAUCGGAAGUAAGACAGAUUACUCGAAGAAGAUGGCAGAAUAGUGAUAAUAGUGACGAUAAUGGUUUUGUUUUUAUCCAAAACCGCCGUCUGAAGCGCGAAGGGUCUGUUAUAACUGAUUUAAAACAGGCUGUUGUUGGUAAUGGUGUUGAUAAUGGUGUUGAUAAUGGUGUUUUGACAUUAAUCAUUUCAAACUAAACCCUUUGUGUGAUAUAUAGAUAUAUUGAUCGAUGUAUCACGUUUGCAUCUUCGAUAAGGAAAGGCAGGUGCAAGAUAGUUAUUAAUUUAUCUUUCUCACGCGACAGAUUACGAUGGAUACCGAACAUUAAUUAACAACGAAAAUAGUUAAAGGUACUCACGCACGAACCGAUUUCUGCAACUGACUGAGGUGCCGCUGCCGCCAUCAUGGCUUUCCCAUGUUCUGCGAUUGGCUUUGAAGAUUAUGUCAACAGAAACAAAUAGUGCAGUCUUAUCAACACACAAAAAUGGAGCAUCACUCACCAGCAAUCGUGUCGUUGAAUACUGCCUUUUAAUUGUGUAGUUUGGGUGCGUCCAUCUUUGGCUAUCAACUUUAUCACCUUCAUACAAUUUAUUGAUAAAAUGCGUGGGCUUAUCGCACAUAAUCCAAGAUUUACCG